ACGUGUUUUACCGCCCAGGUUUUUGCAGUAAACAUUUUCCAGUGAAUCACCGCAUGUUUGACCCAACACGAAAUAAGUUGCAUCUUUUUCUUCUUGGAGUAAGCAGAAAGCCAUCAUGCGGAGGCGUAAGAAAAGGCAUGGGCUUGUUGGCUGGCGUGACGGAGGUAGUGCAGUUGAUUUUCUCCUUUGUGGGAGAAUUCCAGUGCGAUGUACCCGGUAAAAGAGCCCACAAUAAUAGAGGGCAACUUACGAACAAGUCAAUUAUGUUCAGCAUGCCGAAGGAUCUCGCACCAGCUUCGCUUGAUCACAAGGACUACACGGUUUGUGAGGACUGCGGUGCGACGCAUUGCAAC